AUGUUAGCACCGGUGGAGACUCUUCCAAUUACGGCCGAGGAGACAAGUCUCUCUGCCGGUGAUGUCAUCGCCAUGUCGAUGCAUAAUAUAAUAGCUACUGUUUCUAGCUACCGUCCAUGGUGGUCUGAAUUCCUAACAUUAGGUUCCAUCGACCAUCCAACCACUUUCUCCACAGCUACUUCGCGCGUUAAAGUCAACCUCCGUCAUUUCGCCGUUAACUACUUUCUUUUAGCAGCAGCUUUGGUCACACUCUUCUUGAUCGUUGAUCCAACUUCUCUUCUCACCGUUGCCUCCUCUGCAGUCAUGUGGCUGCUCCUGUAUUUCUAUCGGGACCAUCCAUUGUUCUUGUGCGGUCGACAUAUUAACGACCGCGUGAUCGCCCUCGGGUUGAUCCUUGGCUCGCUUUGGGCGUUGUGGUUCGCAAACUGCCUCCAGGGUCUGGUUCUUGGCAUCGUUGCAAGCGUCUUGCUUUGUUUGGUCCACGCCGUUGUACGGAAUUCUGAAGACCUCUUUGUACAAGAAACUGAUGUUGUUGUUCCUUCCAAUUUCCCUCAUUGGAGCUGA